GGGGAGAGGGACGGCCUAUUGCGGAGGUUGAGCAGCGAAGAGGCGGCGGCAGAAGCAGAAGCGGAGGCAGGAACCAGAGACGCCAUGGCGGAGAGCGACUGGGACACGGUGACGGUGCUGCGCAAGAAGGGCCCCAGCGCGGCUCAAGCCAAAUCGAAGCAGGCUGUGCUGGCGGCUCAGAGGAGAGGCGAAGACGUGGAGACCUCCAAAAAGUGGGCCGCAGGGCAGAACAAGCAGCACUCGAUCACCAAGAACACGGCCAAGCUGGACCGGGAGACCGAGGAGCUGCACCACGACCGGGUCCCGCUGGAGGUGGGCAAGGUGAUCCAGCAGGGCCGGCAGAACAACGGGCUGACCCAGAAGGACCUGGCCACGAAAAUCAACGAGAAGCCCCAGGUCAUCGCAGACUACGAGUCCGGAAAGGCCAUCCCCAACAACCAGGUGCUGGGCAAGAUCGAGAGAGCCAUCGGACUUAAGCUCCGAGGGCGGGACAUCGGCAGGCCCCUCGAAAAGGCCCCCAAAGGGAAGUGAUGACAAAGCCUCGAAAUCAGUUUGCCCCGACUGAUCUCGCCUGGCCGUUUGCUCCUCUGGCAUGGCCAGGGUGUCUCUGCAAGGCUGAAAUCUCCAAAAUCUCAACCCUGUUGUGAAUCAACGAACCUCUCACAGCCGACAUUCCUGCCUUCCUUUUUCAAAGUAUCCAAAUCCUAAUAAAGCAUCUGAAUCUGCCAGGGGCAAGAAAGAAAA